AUGUCGGCGACGCUCGCGGUGUUUCACGCCCCGAGGGCGAUCCCAAAGAACCAACGGAGUAACGUCGUGCCCAGGAGACGCAUAGGGAGCCCGCACCAGGCUGAAGACCCGCGCAGGAGAGCCAAACGCGGCGACCCGGCCAAAAAGCGGUUGGGGCGACCCUCCGACAAAAGCGAUGACAAUGGCGAGACGAGCGGCCGGCGCCAGUUCCUCAGCGGCGGCCUGCAGCUCUUGAUCCUCUCCUCCGCGGACGACCUGCUAGCCGCCGCAACCGCGGCAUACAUGUCCGCCCCGCGGCCCGAGACGGUCGUGUACAUCGGCGUGACGAUGGACGGGUACAUCGCCAGGCCCGACGGCUCGCUCGAUUUCUUGCCCCAGCCCGAGGGCGAAGACGACUUCGGCUUCGGCGCGUUCCUGAACACCGUCGACGCCGUGCUGAUGGGCCGGCGCACGUUCGACCAGGUCGCCGAGUUUGUGGUGAGGGACAAGGUCCCGUGGCCGUACGAGGGUAAGCGGGUGAUCGUCGUGAGCCGGACGAUGACGCAGAAAGACGUCCCGGAGCCGCUCUCGAGCAAGGUGACGGUGACGGCGCAAUCACCGUCGGAGGCGUUGAAGGCGUUGGGGAAGACGGGAUUCACCAGGCGGGUGUACGUAGACGGGGGAAUGACGAUACGUUCGCUGCUCGAGGAGGACCAGGUGGACGAGAUGGUGCUGACGUCCGUGCCGGUGACCAUCGGCAGAGGGACGUCGCUCUGGGGAUUCGACACCAAGGACAAGAGGGACUACCGGUGGAGCGUGACGUCGUCCGAGCCCAUCGGCAGAGGGAUGGUCAAGACGACGUACAAGAGGGUGCGGAAGAAGUGA